AUGAAUAGGAAAGAGUCUCGGAAAAUAUUAGAAAUCACUGGAGUUGCAGCUAUUUUAUUCUUUGUCCCCUUGGGCUAUUUUUACAACAGAGAUACUAUCACGGCCAAAUGAAACUCCAUGUAUUAUAAGAUGUUUUCCAUCUCGGAUAAGCAAUACGAAAGAUAUUUGAAACAGCAAAAUUCACAAGUAGAUUUUGAGAGUCAAAAACAAUCAGAGUCCGACCAAGAAGCUGACAAUGAGAAUCCUAAAAAUUAA